AGCCGCAGAGCCAACUCUCUCAGGAUAUGGUGAAAAGAAGCAGUUAUUCCCUGUGGGUCUGGAGGAGCUGAGCUCAUGUUGGGCUGCAGCAGAUUUACUGAUAAUCCAGCAUAAGGACACAGUGAGGACGACUUCCUGUUCUCGUGUGUGACGAUGUGAGGAUGCUGCCGGACGUCUGACAAAAGCUUGUUGUGCUGGAACUUUAUGGCCAAAUGUAGAGUGGUGGGGUCGGAGGAGAAACCGUGCAGAGGCACGAUGUCGGCGCCUCAGGGGGGGAACCGCAGCGGCAUCUACAACUACUUCCUCAACACGGUGGCCUAUCAGAUCUGCUGCUGCUGUGGUCCAGCUCCCUGUUCGCUCUGCUGUGCCUUCUGUCCUCCGGUCAAGUCGUCCACCAGCACCCGGGUCAUGUACACCCUCUUCCACAUCCUGAGCUGUGCCGUCUCCUGCCUCAUGUUGUCCCGCACCGUCUCUGAGCUCGUCAGGGAAAACGUGCCUUUCUUUAACAUGGUGUGUGACCAGGCGCAUGGUGGAGGUCACUGUGAGAUGUUGGUCGGCUACUCCGCUGUCUACAGAGUCUGCUUUGGCACUUCCUGCUUCUACCUGAUGAUGGCGCUCUUCCUCAUCGAUGUAAAGUCCAGUCAGGACUUCAGAGCGCUGAUACACAACGGCUUCUGGUUCUUAAAGUUCAUCACCCUCCUGGGGACGUGCACGGCCGCCUUCUUCAUCCCGACGGAGUCCUUCCUGCACGCUUGGCAUUAUGUGGGUGUGGUCGGAGGAUUCGCCUUCAUCCUCAUCCAACUCAUCCUCAUCACAGCUUUUGCACACACAUGGAACAAGAACUGGUUGACCGGAGCAGCAGAAAACAAACGCUGGUACCUGGCGGUGAUGUGCGCCACCCUCCUCUUCUACACCAUCGCCACCAUGGCCUUCACCUUCAUGUACAAGUACUACACACACCCCAUCGCCUGCCACUUCAACAAGGUCCUGCUGUGGAUCAACCUGGGACUCUGCGGCCUCAUGUCCUUCAUCGCCGUCACUCCGUGUGUGAAGCAGAAGCAGCCUCGGUCGGGGCUCCUCCAGGCCUCCAUCAUCAGCUGCUACGUCAUGUACCUCACGUUCUCCGCCCUGUCCAGUCGUCCGCCAGAAAAAGUUGUGUAUCAAGGCAUGAACAUGACCGUCUGUUACCCCAGCGUGGGACAAGAUGAAAUCCAGAACGAAGGCAACGCGGUCGCCAUCAUUGGAGCGGCCAUCAUGUACUGCUGUGUCCUCUUCGCCUGUAAUGAAGCUUCGUACCUGGCCGAGGUGUUUGGUCCGUUUUGGAUGAUUAAAGUUUAUCGUUACGAGUUCCAGAAAGCAACGUGCUGCUUCUGCUGCCCUGAGGAAGAGGAAGCUGAGGAUGAGUUUGUGAUUGACGACGAGGACAAAGGUUGUCAGAAGGUUCUUCACAACGAGACGCAGCGAGUGGCCUACAGCUACUUCUUCUUCCAUUUUGUCUUCUUCUUGGCUUCGCUCUAUGUGAUGAUGACGCUGACCAACUGGUUCAGCUACGAGUCGGCGGUGCUGGAGACGACCUUCACCCACGGCAGCUGGUCCACCUUCUGGGUGAAGAUGUCCUCGUGCUGGGCCUGUGUCCUCCUCUACCUCUGGCUGCUGCUUGGCCCUCUGUGCAGUUGUCAGUCCGAAUCCCGACCUCGACGCUCACGUAUCAAACGACGCUCAGCAUCGUCCCGUCACGUGACCGUCAGUGUCUGAAAGCCGGGGAGGGGCCGGCAGGUCUCAGGGGUCAGGGGUCAAAGACUCACGGUGCUGUAAGAAGGACCAAUCAGAGAGCUUCGUUCCCUGUUGAGAAGAGCUGAUGUCACAGGCUCGACAACAUGAACGUAAACCACUGGACUCCGCUGUGGAAACACACUUAACACAAUGAAUUGCCAAAGGGGUUAAAGGAGUGAAGUGUCACUCUGUGUAAUGUGAGAAGUACAGUAAAUCAGUGUAAACAUCCAUAAACGUUUCAUGUUAGCAUUAUUAUUAUUUGUUGCUGUUUUUAGACUUUUACUUUUAUAACAGAGGAGCAAUUCUAGAUAUUUGCUGUAAUGUUGCUUCAAAGGCACACGUCCCUAUUAUUAUUAAUUUUUCUGGUAAACAAAAAACAUACGUCACCCUUACACAUUCUGUGGGCAAAGGUUGUGGUCAUGAAAAAAUCUUUCUUGGUGUUUAAAGUUCGAUCAAAGUCGAGAACUGGUCCUUACAUGAAGUUCCAGGGUGUUCAAGUUAAAGUCACUUCAAUAAUCAAAGGAAUGAGGAAAGUAUUGGGUCUGAUCGCCGUCUAAAUCAUUUCACAUGUCAAAGGCUCCUCGAGCAAAAACUGAACCCAGAUGACAUGUUCCUGACGUGUUCCUGACGUGUUCCUCACAUGUUCCUCACAUGUUCUGCAGGUUCUGUCUAUGAGAACUAAUGUGUGAGUCAGUGUCUGUGGACAUGUUCCUGAUCUUCUCCUGCAGCCUCCUGGUAAAAUGUGUGUAACAUGUCAGAGUGAGUCCAUGUGAGGAACCAGCAGGACAAUGUGUGGAAGCUUCCCAGUGAGCGAGUGGACGAGGUUUCUAACACGUGACGUGAAACCGGAAGAACACAAACAUCUCAGGAUGAAGAAGAGGAGCCGGACACGUAGAAGAUGAAGACGUCUGCUUGGAAACACGAGGAGGUUCCAGAUCUUCUGGUGAUGAGGGCCGACGCCGGUGUGGAUGAGAUGUAAACAACAACACUGAUGUUUCCACAGCAGAGUUUAUACGUCAUGUCCCGCCUCCUGUUGCUCUACAGGCUCCGCCCCUCUGCCCAGGCCCCACCCCUCGCCUGGAUGUUCCCACAUGUUCCUGUUUGAACGAGUCGAACUCGACAAUCUGCUGCUCCACAAACACCAACUACACAACAUGUCAGGACACAAGUUUCUUGACACUUUCCAGAAUACAUGUUUGAAAACUGUUUAUUAAAAACUCUUUUUUGUUUAAAUAACAAAAAUAUCAUUAAUACUUAACAAGUGUUAUUUUAGAUUCCAUUCUGGAAUCUCAGCUUCCAUCAGGUUACAGGACACAGUGUAAUUACAGAGAAUAACUUAACAUCCUUUUUAUUCAGUUCUGUGAAGUCGUGAAUGAGCUUCAGGACCGCUUCUUAAUUCCAGGUCCAAACUAAUAGAGAGAUUUGUUCAUGUGUUAAAAUGAACCUUGAAGUGUUAAAGAGCUCAGGAUCCACAGAUUCUCUUCAGGACUCCUCACAGCUCAGUGACAGGGUCUGAAGAGCGAGGCAGCUAAACUGACACAAUGUUUGUUUCAAUGGGAUUUAACUGGGACAAAAGUUAGUUUACAUUUUAAUGUUGUUUUACAUAACAUCAUUUUCUUCUGAAUCUGUUAAUAAUGUCUAGAGUCAAUUGUCAAUGUUUACAUACUUUUAUUUUGCAUUUGUUACUGGAUUUGAAACGAAAACCAGUCUGAACUCCAGAGGAGAUGGAAGUUUUCUGUCUCAUGCCUUCAGAUGAAAUGUCUAUGAGACGCUGAGGUGAAUCGAAACCAGAGCCACCUCUUCCCCACCGUCCAAAGUUCAUGUUGACGUUCAAACCUGGGAUAAUAAGUCAAAUUUAUAUAGAGAUAGGAAUAGAUGUAUAUAUGUUUACAUACAUAUAUAUAUUUAUAUAUGCAGUUUUAUUAUCUGUAGCAGUUUUUCCUUUUUUGUAGAUGUAAAGACUUGUUGUAAAUACAAUGUUUUCUUACAAACGCUGGUUCUGGUGUAUUUUUGUUCAUUUAUGUUCUAAAGAAACCUUAAAACCAGAUUUACUUUUAAAUAAAGUUGAGAUGGUUCAACAUAUAUCAUAAUUUUAUAUUUUAAUUCAUACUUUACAUAGAUAAAAGUACAAAGAAGUUGUUUUGGCCCAGGUAAAUGAGCUUUGGGAGAAAACGUUUUUCAGUUACACAACAAAAGGAACAAGAGUUAACUAUGAACCGUCUGCAAGUAUCAGUGCCACAAAAUAAAAUACUGUGUAUU